GAUUUUCCAUGCACUGCUCGAAAUAUCGUCAUUGUAGGUUUGGGCGUAGGAGCUAGCGCUGCUAAAUAAAAAAGUAUACCUUCGGUUCGGUAGGCGCAUUUCUAACAAGAGUUUAGUAAUAGCUUGUAGUGCUCCACGCCACCAUGGUGAAAUACGUACUUCACUACUUCAAGGGUCACGGCCGUGCUGAAAGUAUUCGUCUGGCUUUCAAGCUAGCUGGGGUCGACUAUGAAGAAAAGAACUACGAGUUUGCAGAUUGGCCUAAGCUAAAGCCGAACUAUGUUACCCAGCAAACGCCGGCGCUGGAGGUCGACGGGACGAUGAUAUGUCAGAGCAAGGCUGUCCUGAGAUAUUUGGCAAGGGAGUUUGGAUUUUAUGGCAAGACGUCCCUUGAUGCAGCAUUUAUAGACCAAGCAAUUGACGCGGUCGAGGAUAUCUGGUCGGAACUCAACCCUGUCUUCCAUGGGCCUCGAGAAAGCAUGCCACAAAGAAUUGAAAAGUUCUUGAAGGAUGUGGUCCCGCCGAUCUACGCGACUCUGGAGCGGUUAAUAGGCCAGAAGCAAGCCGGUGACUUCUUCGUCGGAAAUUCGAUCACCGCCGCCGAUCUAUUUUUCUUCACCGCUGUUGACAUGGUGAAUGUCUUGUCAAAGGGCGCCAACUCCCUGGAGAAGUACCCGAAGCUGGUCGCUCUCAAGAGCCGCAUCGCUGCCAACCCCAAGAUCGCAGCCUGGUUGGCUGUGCGACCACCUGAAGCGACGUUUUAAGUACAAAAGAAAAUAAAUACGCCAACUAUUAGCGGAAAAUGGAAUACUUUUCGGGUUCCAACUCUGUGUCAUCGUAAACAUACUUUGAUGCUUCUGUGUUUUUAAAACAAAGUUUUAAGGGUUUCCAAAGUAGCAUGAGGAUGUAUGAUUUAGGGUUGGUUGAUGGAAAUGAUGAUUAUGGUUUGCAAAUACAGAUAAUGAGACAAGAACAUUAUUUAACACGCGUUUUGCAUAAAUUAUUCUUAAAUUAGGAUUCACAAACGGGAUGAACUACUAAAAUAAAUUAAUUCGUAGCUGUUGCAAAAUAAAGCUCUUUCGUCAUUAAUUCUCCUUAAUUUCUAAAUUGGCUUAUAGAAGCACUUCUCCAUGAUAACGAGCGUUUAGUAAACCGGAUGCUGGUUAGACAAUUGAUUACUUUUCAGUCAAUUCUACGUCAACUCAAAAAUACUUGUGAAUAACGUUAUAACCGUCACGGCAUGAAUACAGUACCCAUCGAUGAUUACAAUCAGUUUGAUAAUGGCUUAUUAGAAACAUGUAGUUUGGUUUUGCGAAGGAAUAUAAUUUGGAGUUUAAAUUCAGAAACAAAAGCCAAAGGUUAAAAAAGGUUAAUAUUUUCUGUUAGUAGUUGAAUGUAAAUUGUGAAUACAAAAUCAGCGUACGUCACAUUAAA